AUGAAUCAAACUUUCAAUAAUACAACAAUUAAACGUUCAUAUAGCGAAGCCGCUGAAGAAGAGGAAGAUGAUGAAACUAAACUCAGAAGACAACUCGCUAACCUUCCAAAACCUCUCCUAGACCCACUUAUCGUUCCGAGAAGAAGAAGAGGAAUAACUGUGGAAUCAUUUUUAAAGAAUAUCGGUAAAGGAUGCGAAGAACAUGUAGAUAAAUUUACUUCAUGGGAAGAUUUGUUCACCUCCAAGUCUCUCAAAUUGAAGGUUAAGGAAAUACCAGUUGCCCAACGUCGUUGGAUUUUGAAAUGGUUGGAAAGAUAUAGAAAGGGCGAAGUUCCAGGAUAUCCACAAACCUACUUGCAUUAA